AUGCACAGACUUGGUCGCUUUGCCAUGCAAAAGUCGAUUGAGAGUUUUUUUGGACAAAAGCGAGCGCUGGCGACAAAGGCGAGCCCGGCAGCCAAAAAGCAACGCAUUGAGGCGCCUGAGCAAGUCGAGGUGAAGGCAGAGCCCAAGCCGGUGGACUCCAAGCCCGACGCGUCGGGGACUUUAGAGUACGGUGAUCUCACGAACGUGUUUGACAAAAUUGAGGCCACAACCAAGCGGCUGGAGAUCACAAAAUAUUGCUCGGACUUUUUUUCGCGUGUUUUGGAAACCCACCCGCACUUGCUGCCCCAGAUCACGUACCUAUGCAUCAACCGGCUGGGUCCCGAUUAUGAAGGUCUCGAGCUUGGAAUUGGCGAGUCGAUUAUUAUCAAGGCUUUGGCCGAAUCCACGGGCCGCACUCCAGCGCAAAUCAAAAAGGACUACAACCAGCUCGGUGAUUUGGGCGGAGUGGCCAUUGCGUCGAAAAAGAGCCAGGCUACCAUGUUUAAGCCAAAGCCCUUAACAGUGGACAUUGUUUUCAAACGCCUUGUUGAAAUUGCUAAAAGCAGUGGCCAGCAAAGCCAGAGCAAAAAGGUCAACAUCAUUAAGCAGCUGCUGGUGUCUUGUCGAGGAGUGGAAGCCAAGUACCUAGUCCGCAGUCUUGAAGGCAAGCUACGAAUUGGGCUGGCCGAAAAAUCCGUUUUGGUGGCAUUGAGCCAAGCAUUUGUCCAGCAUGAUUUACGGCUAGGUCGUGAAACGUUGGCGCCUGAAGCAGCUGAAGAUUUGGUCAAAGACGUGUUUUGCCAAAUGCCGAAUUACGAAACAAUUAUCGAGGCAGCAAUAAAUGGAGGUGUCAAGCAUCUUCCUGAGGUUGUAAAGUUGACCCCCGGAGUACCCCUCAAGCCUAUGCUUGCCAAGCCAACCAAAUCUAUCACUGAGGUGCUGGAUCGCUUUUCUGGUGAAAAAUUCACGUGUGAGUACAAAUACGACGGCGAGCGGGCUCAAGUCCAUUGUACAGCGUCCGGAUCGAUGCAUGUUUACUCUCGAAAUAUGGAGGACAUGUCGCAACGGUAUCCAGACAUUAUUGAUAUUAUUCCCAAGAUUCGAACCCCUAAGACGGUUGACUUUAUUCUUGACUGUGAAGCCGUAGCUUGGGAUACGGCCCAGCAUAAGAUUCUUCCAUUCCAAGUCCUUUCUACACGCAAGAGAAAAGAUGUCGAGAGUGGCGAUAUCAAGGUCAAAGUGCAUUUGUUUGUUUUUGACAUUUUAUACCUUAACGGCGAGCCCCUGUUGACCAAAGCGUUGUCGGAGCGGCGCCAAUUGAUUGCGGAUAAUUUUAACCUGCUGGCCGACCAGUUUUCACCUGCCGUCUCAAUGACCUCGGAGAGUAUCGAAGAGAUCCAGCACUUUUUGGACCAGAGCGUCAAAGACAGCUGCGAGGGGCUAAUGAUCAAAAUGUAUGAGGGCCAGGAGUCUGGCUAUGAGCCUAGCAAGCGAUCUCGGAACUGGCUCAAGUUGAAAAAGGACUAUCUCGACGGUGUCGGUGACUCGCUUGAUCUAGUGGUGCUGGGGGCGUACUUUGGCCGUGGUAAGAGAACUAAUGUGUACGGAGGCUUCCUGCUAGGCGCGUACAACCCCGAUACUGAAGAAUACGAGACGGUUUGCAAAAUCGGUACGGGGUUCAGCGAAGCAGAUCUCGAAAGGUUUCAUCAGCUUCUAAGUCCGCUGGCGGACCCGAAACCCAAGUCGUAUAUUGACCAUGACCCAGCCGCCAACCAGCAGCCAGACGUGUGGUUUGAACCAAAACACGUGUGGGAAGUUCUUACAGCUGAUUUGUCCUUGAGUCCCGUGUAUCGAGCAGGCCACCAUGAGCUGGGCAAAGGAGUAUCGCUGCGCUUCCCCCGAUUCAUUAGAGAACGCGAGGACAAGGGCCCUGAGGACUCAACAACAAGCGAUCAGCUGGUGCAAUUCUAUCAACGUCAGGUUAGCAUAGCCGACUAA